AUGCCCCCAAGAAAAUCAAAAGCCCGCGACGUCAAGUCCACCGCCCCUUCCCCCUCACUCAGCGUCGCCGCAACAGCCACCCGGGGCAGCUCGCGCUCGUCAAAGUCAAAGUCUUCGGAUGUCGGACAGAGUACAGAUGUGGAGACUGUAACUGAGCAAGAGCAGGAAGAGAGUGUAGAGGUGGAGGCGUCUACGGAUGCGGGGGUAGAGGAGUCUGUGGAGGGGGAGGAGAGUGCAGCUCCGGAAGACGAGGGCGAAGCGGAGAAGACGGGGAAGGUCUCUAUGGCUGAGAGAAUGGCAAAGAUGAAGGAGCUUCGUAUGAAGAUGAGCCAAACAUCCCAAGAGAAUCGCCGCGACCUCGUAGCCGACCACCAAAAGAACAAGACCACCGCCAAAGAUCUCGCCCGACUCGAAAAACAACGCAAGCUCGCCCAGACUCUGCGUCUGAAGGCCGAUGCCGAAGAGGCUGGGGAAGAUGUGGAGAGGAAGAAGAACUGGGAGUAUAGUAUAGAAGAUGAUGAGAGAUGGGCAAAGAAGGAAGCGGAGAAGGAGGCGAAGCAGGACCAACAUUUCCACAAUGCUGAAGACGACGCAUGGAAGCGAUACGAACGCAAUAUCCGCGGUACCAAAGCCGACCUGAUGGCCUACGAACGUCAAAAGGAAGCUGCCCUCGGUCUCGCUCCCGGUACCCUUGUCCCCGUCGCUGGUGGAUCUUCAUCAGCAGCUGGGAGCAGCAGUGCGCUCACAAAGUCGGAGGACCUGUAUAGAGGCGCAGACACGCUGGCUUAUGGUGACAACAAGCCUAGUGAGGAAGCUGUCGAUAGGGUCAUGGCAAAGAUCAAUAAAGAUGUUGGAAAGAAGAAGCGUGGCAAGAAGGACGAGGAAGACUCUGAGGUGGACUACAUUAAUGACAGGAACAGGGUCUUCAACAAGAAGAUCUCGAGAUACUUUGACAAGUACACCAAAGACAUCCGCGCAAACUUGGAGAGAGGUACUGCCUUGUAG